AUGAGCGAGAUGGAUGAAUCUCACGGCAGGGGCCCCACGGCGCACAUGGACGAGGGUUUCACCAAGAUGCAGUCGGCUGAGCCUCAGUGGGAGACAAAGGAGGAGAAGCGAUUGAAAGAGGAUGAGCACAAGCUCAAGUACUGGAGGCGAUGGGGGCCGUACCUCUCGGAGCGUCAAUGGGCUACUGUUCGCGAAGACUACAGUGCCGAGGGAGACCCGUGGAAUCACUUCCCUCACGAAAUUGCCCGCAGCCGUGUCUAUCGAUGGGGUGAGGAUGGUAUCGCGGGUAUCUCUGACAAUCACUGCCGCAUGGCAUUCAGCUUGGCAUUCUGGAACGGCCAGGACCGUAUGCUCAAGGAGCGCCUCUUCGGCCUGGCCAACAACCAGGGAAACCACGGCGAGGACGUCAAGGAGCUCUACUACUACCUCGACAACACGCCCUCACACUCGUACAUGAAGAUGCUCUACAAGUACCCGCAGCAGGCCUACCCCUACGAGCAGCUUGUUCGCGAAUCCCAGAUGAGGGGCCGAGAUGUCACCGAGUUUGAGAUUACGGACACUGACCUCUUUGACGAGAGCAAGUACUGGGACAUUUUCAUCGAGUACGCCAAGGACGACGAAGAUGAGAAUGCCAUCUCCGUCCGCAUCAGCGCCUACAACCGCGGUCCUGAGCCCGCCGACCUGCACAUCCUGCCUCAGCUCUUCUUCAAAAACUACUGGUCCUGGCCCAUGCACACGCCCGAGAAGCCCACGCUGCGCCAAGUGGCUGAGGGCGUCGUCCAGGCUGACCACCCGGAGCUGGCUCGCAAGUACAUGUACUGCUCGUCCAGCCCUGCCCCCAGCGCUCCCCCGCCUAAGCGUGGUCAGGCUCCUGAGCCAGUAUCGGAUGAGGAGGUUCAGCCGCAGCUCCUCUUCACCGAGAACGAGACCAACUUCGAGCGCCUCUAUGGCGGUAAGAAUACCAGCACAUACGCAAAGGACGCUUUCCACGACCAGAUCAUUCCCACCCACCGACUUGAGAAAGACCGCCCACAGCUUGUCCGCAAGACGCGUCCCAUCAAGCGACAAAUCGUCAAGACGGUCAAGAAGCCUGGCAACCUUACGCGUGCCACAGCGGCCAAAGAGGGCAAUGCGCCUGGUGACAGCACCCCUGUCACUAUGAACGAGGCUGAGAUCGAACAUCAGUGGGUCGAGGAGGAGGUCGUCGAGGAGAUCGAAGAGGAGGAAGAGUACUUUGAGCAGCCGGAGGACAUGAGCCCGCGUCGUCACUACGUCAAUCCGGAGAAGGUCGGUACCAAGGCUGGCGCCCACUACAAGUUCGAGAAGGUGCCCGCCAAUGGAGGUUGCGCCGUCGUCCGCCUGAAGCUCACUUCGCAGACGCCAGACCAAGACCCGACGAUCGAUGAUGACGAGCAAUUCGACAACCUCGUUGAGGCCCGUCGCUCCGAGGCCGAUGAGUUCUACACCCGCAUCGGCACCGGCGCGAUCGGCGACGACAUGAAGAGCAUCAUGCGCCAGGCCCUCGCAGGCAUGCUUUGGAACAAGCAAUACUACUGUUUCAUCCAGUCCGAGUGGAUUGCUGGCGACCCAGGCCAACCACCACCGCCUCCCGAGCGCAAGUACGUGCGUAACCAGACGUGGCGCCACCUGCAUAUGGAGGACAUCCUCUCGAUGCCGGACAAGUGGGAAUAUCCUUUCCCUUGCGUUUGGGACACGGCCUUCCAUACCAUUCCGCUGGCCAUCAUCGACCCCUGGUACGCAAAGAAGCAGCUCGACCUCUUCACACGCGAGUGGUACAUGAAGCCCGAUGGAUCUCUGCCCUCGUAUGAGUGGAACUUCGGCGACCUCAACCCGCCUGUUCACGCAUGGGCAGUCUUCCGCGUUUUCAAGAUCGAGCGCAAGAUGUACGGACGCGAGGACCUCGACUUCCUUGAGCGCCUCUUCCAGAAGCUCCUGCUCUGCUUCACCCAAUUUGUCAACAAGUUCGAGAACGGUUUCCUUGGGCUAGACAACAUCGCUCCCUUCAAUCGCUCUGAGCAGCUGCCCGUACCCGGCAAGCUGAGGCAGAUCGACGGGCUGAGCUGGAUGGCCUUCUUCUCGCUGCAGAUGCUCAACAUGUCUCUCGAGCUCGCCAAGCACAACCACAUCUACGAGGCCAUGGCGUCAAAGUUCUUUGAGCACUUCAUCUGGCUGAGCGAGGAGAUCAAUCCUAGCCCAGACAGCGAGGACAUCAGCUGCUGGGACGAAGAAGACGGCUUUUACUACGACACGCUGCAGCACGGCCCGAACAGCUCACAGAUCAUUAAAGUACGAUCGCUCGUUGGCCUCAUGUCCCUCUUCCCCGUCCUCGCCAUCGAGCCAUGGGUCUUCAAGCGCUUCCCUAGCUUUGCAGCCCGCUUCCAAUGGUUCGUACAGAACAGACCCGCCCUCGCUGCGCGAAACGUCAUGACCACCAGCGGUAAGCGUGAGCGUCGCCUGCUCAGCGUCGUCUCCAAGGAGCGCCUCGAGCGCAUCUUGCGCCGCAUGCUCGACGAAACUGAGUUCCUCUCGAGCUACGGUGUGCGCUCGCUCUCCAAAUUCCACCAGAGCAACCCCUUCCAAGCCUUCGGGGACGAGUUCUCCGUCGGAUACUGGCCGGGCGAUUCGCGCUCACCCAUGUUCGGAGGCAAUUCCAACUGGCGUGGCCCCAUUUGGGUUGCGCCCAACUUGCUCCUCAUCGAAUCGCUGCAGCGCUUCUACCAGUACUACGGGCCAGAGGACCUCAAGGUGGAGUGCCCUGCGGGCUCAGGCGACUAUCUGGAUCUCGCACAGAUUGCUGAGGAGCUGCAGCACCGCAUCAUCUCCAUGUUCACGCGCGAUGCCCGUGGUCAGCGUCCUUGCAAUGGCGGCGUGGCCAUGCUGGACCACGACCCGCACUUCAGAGACCUUGUUCCCUUCCACGAAUUCUUCCACGCCGACACUGGCGCAGGGCUGGGCGCAUCGCACCAGUGCGGCUGGACGGGCUGCGUAGCUGCAAUGAUCUUGCAGAGUGGGUUGACCUACGGCGUGAGGACGCCAAGGACUCCCAGGUCGACGGCUGCGCAUUACUUCGAUGAGCAGCUGACCGAGGCGGACACGAAGAGCGACGCUGGGAGCACGUCGACCAUGCCUUGGUCUGCUGCUAUCUCAAGACCGCCGAGCCCAGAUGAGUUGUAA